AUGGACUAUCACACUGAAGACAGGUGGAGGCGAUAUCAGCAAUCUGUUGGGACCAACAGAUGCCACAACAAGAUGAUACACCAAGAUGGUACAGCAAGAUGUUACACAACAAGGUGGGACAACAUCAAGUACCAGAGGACACACAACGUGGUAAAGUAUACCGUCUCAGAUUGUGCCUCUAAUAAGGAUUCUUGGACCCAGGUCCGCGGUGCUAAACGCCCGAGUGCCGAGUCACCUCCAAGCAACACCACCACCUCGCCUUCCCAAACUCAUCGUUCUGCGAAACACACGAAACAUGGCAGCGCUCGCCACGACCGUAACCAUGUUUUCCCUGACCCUAUGACCACCCCGUUUCGCCCUCGCGCCCGCCACUCUGCCUCUACCGCCCGUGCCUCGUCUCAUGUGCCCUCGACGUCCCCCGCUGCCGCUCUGAGGUUCAAACACCUAAUUUAUAUCUUUCACCACAUUGCCAACAACACCGUGCCCGAGUCGAUUCGACAUGCCCUUUGCUCCAUCAACUACACUAUCCUGGAGAAGGCCAAUGGCAAGUUUCGACCCGUGGGCACGGAUUCCAUCUUCAACAAGGUUGUCAACCGCGCUCUGCUCGAGCAACAGCAGCCCCAUAUUGCCCACUUGCUACAGGCCAGUCCAGAGCUGGCUGUCGGAGUCAAGGACGGCAUUUCAGCAGCGGUUGGCAUGGCCUUUGGUGAGCUUCAAGCCUGUGAGUCUACCCCGGGCUGGACUAUGCUCUCCCUCGAUUUCAAGAGUGCCUUCAACUACACCGACCGAGCACGGCUGCACGAGAUUGUGGCCGACAAGGUCCCUGGCCUCUUGCGCGCCUUUGAACGACACUAUGCUCGACCCACUACCCACUGCAUUGUCGACAAGUUCUUCAAGGUGAUUGACAUUGAUGUUGGCCAAGGCAUUGUGCAGGGCAACGAGCUAUCGCCCUUCUUCUUUGCCCUGUACUCCUCCACGGCUGCGAGCUCCCCAACCGUGUCCUUCACCAAGGGUGAGCUCCCCAAGGCGUUGGCGGCCACCAAGGGUGUCACCGACCCCUAUGGUUGGUCUGGUGAGCUUCUUGCCUCCAUCUACCGCAUCAAGGAGCACUUCAGUCAAGUCUUGGGCCCACGCCAGGGUUCCACCAGCGACCCGACUGCUCCUUCUGAUGGAGACGCGCCUCAGGGCCCCACCACCGCCACUGGAGGUCCUCAGGUUGCCUUGAACAAGAUCUUUCACCACAUUGCCAACAACACCGUGCCCGAGUCGAUUCGACAUGCCCUUUGCUCCAUCAACUACACUAUCCUGGAGAAGGCCAAUGGCAAGUUUCGACCCGUGGGCACGGAUUCCAUCUUCAACAAGGUUGUCAACCGCGCUCUGCUCGAGGCCCACUUGCUACAGGCCAGUCCAGAGCUGGCCGUCGGAGUCAAGGACGGCAUUUCAGCAGCGGUUGGCAUGGCCUUUGGUGAGCUUCAAGCCUGUGAGUCUACCCUGGGCUGGACCAUGCUCUCCCUCGAUUUCAAGAGUGCCUUCAACUACACCGACCGAGCACGGCUGCACGAGAUUGUGGCCGACAAGGUCCCUGGCCUCUUGCGCGCCUUUGAACGACACUAUGCUCGACCCACUACCCACUGCAUUGUCGACAAGUUCUUCAAGGUGAUUGACAUUGAUGUUGGCCAAGGCAUUGUGCAGGGCAACGAGCUAUCGCCCUUCUUCUUUGCCCUGUACUCCUGUGAGGUCCUGGGUCUCCUCGACGCCACCACUGACUAUCGCUGCAAGGUCAUCAAGUACCUCGACGACAUUGUACUGAUGGGUCCCGCGGAGGACGUGGCGGCCGACGUGGAGAUUGUCAAGGCUCGUGCAGAGUCUGCUGGCCUUCAUCUGCAACCCAGUAAGAGCCGCUUCUACAUGCCUCGCCACCAUCCCGCUUCCAUCACUGCUAUCAAGUCUGUAUUGCCAGAUGCCGUGCGCGAGACGGCCAACACGGGCAUGACGGUCUUGGGAACGCCGAUUGGCCGUCGCGAGUGGAUGAAGAAGCAGCUGAACGACAAGGCAAAGCACAUUGCUGGCAAGCUCAAUGACAUGCUGACGACUGGUGUCUCGCUUCAGGCCCUCCUCACGGCCAUGCAGUACGUGCCUAGCCUCAUCAACCACCUCUACACGCUGCCCCCAAGUCUCACGUCGGGCUUGUCCGAGCUCUUGAACCGUGCUUGCAAGGACACCUUUGUCAAAGCCUUUUUUGCCAAGGUAAACCUGUCUGCACCAGCUGGAGCUGAAGGUCAUGACGUUACGCUGGAACAGCUCCUGGAGGCUCGCCUCUUCACGCGGGCCAACACCGGGGGCUUUGGCCUGCACGACUUGGUUGAGCGCGGUCCGGUGGCUUAUGUCUGCAACAUGGCCAAGCUGGCCACUCGCUACCCUCGGGUCUACGAUCGACUUUUGGAGGAUGCAUCGAGGGCUGCCGACUUUGUGGCCCACGUGCAGCGAGCUGGCUUCCAGAUGGCCACGGUCAAGGACGCGGCGACUCAGCGACCAGCUGAGAUCAUUGCCCUCCGCUCCAAGGCGGCACUGGACGACCUGAUGGCCAAGUGCGCGCUGGACCUGCAGCAGGCAUAUCUGGCCUCACGCGAGUGGGGCGUCAGCACUGUCUUGACCAUGCGGGGUCGGGACAAGUUGCGUCGCUUGAGCGACACGACCUUUGCCAUUGCGGUCGUGUCCAUGAUGGGUUUUGGCCUCCACGAACUCAUCAACGUCAAGCCGACGGACAAGUGCCCGCUCUGCAGAAGUAAGACACCUCAGCCGCGGCUGACCCGCGAGCACCUGUUGACCUGCCGUCCCAUCAAGCGUCACAACGCCCUUCGCGACGAGAUGGGCCGCCUGCUCAGGUACGCCACCCUCUCCCAUGUCUGGGUGGAAAAGUCUGGCUACAACGCCAACGGCCAGAGCUGCCGCAUCGACCUGCACUGCCGCAACCCCUUUCCCGGCGGUGCCUUGGGCCCAGCUCUGCCCGACCUGGGCAUUGACGUGACUGUGCGCACAGCCCAACCCCCGACCACCUCGCAAGCCUGCAUCAAGGUGGGCGCUGCCCUUCGCCGAGCCGAAAAGGAGAAGCGCGACUACUACACCGGUUUCAACCAUGGAAAAACUCUGAUCGUCCCUGCGGCGAUGACGACAACCGGUGGGUUCGCCUCCUCCUUUGUGGAUCUGCUUGGUCAGCUUGCCCGCUGCGCCGAGGCCCGUGGUGUGUACCAGCCGGGGCUGGAUGAGGCCUUUGUUCCUCGGUGGAAGGGUCGCUUUGCGGCUCUGGUCCAUCAGAUGAACGCUGACCACAUCCAGCGCCACUUUGGCGGUGUCUGCCUGCGCUCGUCGUAG